UCAUUCCACUUCUACGAGAAAUUGCAUUUUUCAGACGAAUAGAAAUUCUUCAUAUGAUCAAAAUGACUGUGAGAAAUAAUGCGAGAUCAAAUGUUUCGAAUGAGAAUUUAGUGAGAAGAGUAAGUUUAAGUGACCACAGACAUUCUCCAUACAAUCAAAAUGGUACAACUAUAAUAAGUAAUAAGAGUCUAAAUUUUUCACUUAACUUCAUGAAUUCAUCAUACAAUCAAAUUGGUACAACCGUGAGAAAUAGUGAGACACAAAAUGUAUCCAAUUAUGUAAUUAUAAAUGUGAGAUUAAUGGAGCCCAGGAAUUGUUCAUAUAAUGAAAAUGGCACAAGUAUGAGCAAUAGAGACAUAGAAAAUGUUUCCAAUGAUUCAACGAAUCUAGAAAUUACUGACAUAAGUAAUACCACAGUACGGGAAUGUUGGAAAAAUUUUAGAGGUCAAUAA